GAGGGGUACCAAUCCGGUACCUGUUAGAGCGCUGAUGCCAGUUGAUCAGAUUGUCGGUGGCGGGGCUGGGUUAUCUCCGAGUGUGUGACAGACACUACUGGCUUGGCGUGGACCAUUCUACACACACAAACACGCAGCUGGAGAGGGGCGUAGUGUAUGAAUGUGCGUGCGUGUGUUUGGACGGGGAGUUGGCGCCUGGCAAUGGACACCUACAGAACACACGCCGUGUUGAUUUUACUGUUAUUAUCAUCGGAUAUUUGUCUGCCGUCGCAGUUUCCAACACAACUCAUAAUAAAGGAAUGGGUGGAUCAGAUGCAGAUAGAGCUGGUGACCCUGGCAGACAUGGCCAGCGCCGGGAAGAACCUCACACAGAUCUUCCUGGACAACCAGAACCUGUACACAGUAGAGUCGAAUGAUGCUGAGGAACUAGUGGCUGGGGCAGCCAGGAAUAUAGAACAGCUGCUACUGAAGAGGGCUGCAGCUCUGGAGACUCUGGCCACAUUUGCUGAGAAUUUCCAGAUGGAACACCAGUGGAAGGAUGAGUAUGCGGAUGGUGACAUUGUUUACUACAAUGCAAAGGACAAUUUGGAGGUGAAUGAGACAGAGGGUCGGAAGAACCGGAUCAGGCCAGCCUUUAAGGAAGAUAUGUUGUUUAAACGCCUCACCUCUCACAACCACACUGCUGUACACAUCCCUACUGACAUCUACGAUGGCUCCACCAUCGUGCUGAACGAGUUGAACUGGACGGAGGCACUGGAGGGUGUGUUUAAGAAGAACAGAGAGGAUGACCCUACUCUGCUCUGGCAGGUGUUUGGUAGUGCUACUGGAUUGGCCCGAUACUACCCAGCCUCUCCAUGGAUGGAUGCUCGGAAGACCCCCAGUAAGAUCGACCUGUACGACGUACGCAGGAGACCCUGGUACAUUCAGGGAGCUGCCUCACCCAAGGACAUGCUGAUCCUAGUGGACGCGAGUGGCAGUGUGUCUGGUCUGACUCUGAAGCUGAUCAGGACCUCUGUCGGUGAGAUGCUGGAGACUCUGUCUGAUGAUGACUAUGUCAACGUGGUCUAUUUCAACACCAGGGUGAAUAACACAGCGUGCUUUGACCACCUGGUCCAGGCCAACGUGAGGAAUAAGAAGAUCUUGAAGGAUGCGAUUCAGAACAUCUCUGCUAAAGGCAUCACCAACUACACCAAGGGAUUUGAGUUUGCCUUCGAACAGCUCUAUGCAACUAACAUCACUAGAGCCAACUGUAACAAGAUCAUCAUGCUGUUCACUGAUGGAGGAGAGGAGAGAGCGUCGGCCAUACUGCAGAAAUACAACGCUGACAAGAAGGUGCGUAUCUUCACCUUCUCAGUGGGUCAACACAACUAUGAUAAAGGCCCAGUCCAGUGGAUGGCCUGUGCUAAUAAAGGAUACUUCUAUGAGAUUCCCUCUAUUGGAGCCAUACGCAUCAACACGCAGGAGUACCUGGAUGUCCUGGGCAGACCCAUGGUUCUAGCUGACCAGCUGGCCAAGCAGGUCCAGUGGACUAAUGUCUACCUUGACGCUCUGGAGCUAGGUCUGGUCAUCACAGGAACCCUACCUGUCUUCAACAAGACCAAGUAUAAAGAUGAUUCGGGUUUAGAGAUUCAGAACCAGUUGAUCCUAGGGGUGAUGGGGAUUGACGUGUCACUAGAUGACAUCAAGAAGCUCACACCGCGCUACACUAUUGGACCUAAUGGCUAUUAUUUUGCCAUCGACCCCAAUGGAUAUGUACUGCUACACCCCAACCUCCAACCUAAGAAUCCUAAAUUCCAGGAACCUGUCACUCUGGACUUCCUCGAUGCUGAACUGGAGAACGACAUCAAAGUCCAGAUCAGGAGAAUGAUGAUAGAUGGGAACCCAGGUGAAGAGACCAUAGAGACUCUAGUUAAAACUCAGGAUGAGAGAUACAUCGACAGAGGAGUAAGGACGUACACCUGGGCUCAGGUCAAUGGAACAGACUACAGCUUGGCCCUGGUCCUGCCUACCUACAGUGAACACUACAUACAGGCCAAACUGGGAGACACUAUCAGACAGGCCAUGGCCAUGGACACUCUGCGGGUGGAGAUGUUUGAUGAGUUGGGAUACACCUUCAUCGCCCCAAGGGAGUACUGCAAAGGCUUGAAAGACAACGACAACAACACCCAGUUCCUCUUGGACUUCAACCAGUUCAUAGACAGGAACACACUGGAAGAGCCAUGUAAUGUGACUCUGGUCAGUAGGCUGCUGUUGGACGCUGGGUUGACUGCUGAUCUGGUCAAACUGUGGAAGGAGCAGUCAUUGGGUGGGAUUCUGGCCAGGUUUGUAGCCACUGAUGGAGGGAUCACCAGAGUCUAUCCCAGAAGUGCUGGAGAGGAGUGGACAGAGAAUGCUGAGACCUAUGACUCAAGUUUCUACAAGAGGACUCUGGAUAACAACAUCUAUAUUUUCACCGCUCCAUACUUCAACAAGAGCAGGGAGUCAGGCUAUGAGUCAGGUAUUCUGGUGAGCAAGGCUGUAGACCUCAACAUAGAUGGAGUCAACCUCAAACCAGCUGUGGUGGGGGUGAAACUGAACGUCUCCGCCUGGAUGAACAACUUCAUGAACGCCACCAUCAAAGUCAACUGCAAGGAUGAAAUCUGUGGCUGUCUGAAGAAUAAUAAGCACGUUGACUGCGUCAUCCUGGAUGAUGGUGGCUUCCUGCUGAUGUCCAAUCAGGAUGAGUAUAUCACUCAGAUUGGUCAGUUCUUUGGGGAGGUAGACCCAGUCGUGAUGAUCAGUCUGGUCAACACGUCUCUGUACUCCUUCAACAAGACCUACGACUACCAGUCAGUCUGCGAUCCUGAGAGAGACAGCAAGGCUGCUGCAGGGCCACGAUCUGUCUAUGUGCCCACUAUAGCAGACAUGCUGAGUAUAGGUUGGUGGGCCUCCACUGCUACCUGGUCGAUAAUGCAGCAGGUCUUCUACGGUCUCAUCUUCCCCAGCUUCGUAGAGGCAGUGGACUCAGAUGAUGACAUGUCAGCUAACAUGUUUAAGGAGAGUUGUAUCACAGAGCAGACUCAGUACUUCUUCGACAAUGAAGAGAGAUCCUACUCGGGAGUCCUUGACUGUGGAAACUGCUCCAGGAUGUAUCGAGCUGAGAAGCUGCCCCACACUAACCUGGUGUUUCUGAUCACUGAUGCCAAGGCCACCUGUCUGUCUUGUGACCCCAGACCACUAAGACAAGCUGAGCAACCCUCCCAGGGUCCCGACCCCUGUGAGCUGGCUCAGAACCCCAGAUACAGGAAAGGACCUGACGUGUGUUUCGACAACAACAUAGACGACGAGCCCCUGUGUCCAAUCAGCGGUGUCUCUGGUCUGAGUCCCGUCCCCCUCCUCCUGUUGCUGCAGGUGUUGAUGCUGGGCCCAGGGAGGAUGAUUCUGACUGUGGGGGCGGGACCUCUCUAAGCUCCUCUCUCUGGCCCUUGUUGGGGCUCCAACUACUGCUGCUGUGGCUCCUCACUGGCUCCCGAGACUCAUGACCCCUACACAAACACACAAAUGCACACACAUACACACUCACAUCUCACUUAGACAGUGUUUUACAUUGGACUGUUUUCUGACGAUCCAUCCCCUGAACGUAAUCACUGAUGUGUUAACUCACUGCCAGUAUGGAAGAGGAGUCACUCUCCUGUUCUCCCAUCGUUCUCCAAUGCCAAAGGGUGCUCUCUCUCAUCGCUCACUUCUCUUCUCUACCAUGUUUCAAUUGCCUGAGAUAUUCUAUUCUAUUCUAUUCUAUUCUAUUCUAUUCUAUGGUGCAACAGUAAGAGCUAACCAAACCCUUUAAUUCUGUAGUAUCUAUGUAUUGGUUUGAGUCUGAGGGAGGUUGAGUGGCUGUCCUUUCAUGCCAACAUAUUAAUUUUCACUGACAGCAAAUGAUUUGUGUAUGCCUAGUUGUUUGUAUUAUUGUUGCUUAUGAUAUUUAUUAUAUGUAGAAAAAGAUCAUUAUGAAGACAACAAACGCUGUAACUGAAAUGGACAGCAAAGUUCUCAAUAUUCCAACUGUUCCAGGUUAACCAGGAGCGAGUAAAUAGAUGCAGUAGACUAGUAGGGUUCACUCAACAGAGAGCUGAACAACACCAACUAUGACACCAAAUAAAGCUCAUUAGAGUAAUGGGGAUAGUUGGCCCAUGAAAGAGACUCUGAUAACAUGGUCAAAUCCUACUUUAAUAUCGUUAUGUCCAUGGUACCAAUCUAUGACCUGAGCCAAAUACUUUCUAAAUACUGUUGGUGUGCUUCAUUUAGGUUCACUUGCUGAUUGAGCAUGGUUGUACUUUUGGGACUAUUCCAUUGGUUCCAUUGCACCGGGAAAGUGAAAUCUAGUGCAACUCAAGUGAUACACUAUCUAUUUGACCCAGGUCUUUAUAGAUACAUAUACAGUAUAGCUUCAUUUGAUGCAUCAGAUUCCUAGUGCCUAUGUAGCGUCAACAUCCCAUUCAUAUAUCCAGAGUUAAUCUUUGAUGGGGAGUCAUUGGAAUGAUGUCCCAAUGUGUCCCAGUUGCACGCCGUACAGUAUGCUAUGUGUAGUAGUAGAGCAGGAGCAGUAGCUCAGAGAUGUGUUUCCUAUGUUACAUAACUAGCUGGUAUCUAUCUAGCCUGGGUGUCAGUCUCAUUUACCUUCAGACUGCCAGACAGACUUGAACCCACCUCUGUAGAACAAUGUGCUCCUGAAGUUAGUUUCCUCUGGAUCCCCAGACUCAGGAUUUCAGCAAAGUGAAAGACGGAAAAGCUUUCCAAAAGACUACAGGAGUUUGUAUCACAUGCCCUGGUGAGCAGACAACUGGAGAAUGAUAUCAGCAUAUACAGUAUAAAGAAUGUUUCUUUUCCGUCUUCUUCUACUGCUUGUUUCUUCUUUGUGUUGCUCUCUAAGUGCUGUCAACGAGACGCUGAAAGCUCGGUGUCAGAAUGCUGCAAUGUGACGGGAUGAGUCUGUUCGAUGUUGGACGCUCCUCAAACCAUGGAUAAGUCACUGUUUGGCCAUGAUGGAGAGGACCAAGGUACAGGCCCUGUUACCACAGACCUGAACCACAGACAGUUUCAAUUCUUAACCCACUCUUAUCCCAACCUAACCAAAAGUUAAGUUCACUGUAAACUACACAUUACAAAAAAGCAGCACUGUAACCCUAACCCGAAAUGAAGAACUAACAGCUCAUGUUAUGUCGUUUUUACAUCAGGGCCUGUCGCUGCCAGUGUUGUCCUUUCUGCCAUGGCCAUCGUGUGACUAAAUGGUUUGGCGUUCAGGAUCAUGCCUGUUUAUCCGGAGUCACGUGUUGACGUGUGUAUAACACCAGGAACAUUAUGUAGCCCUGGUACAGGCAUGUCCCUGGGGAAAUCCUUGAUUGUGCUUUAAUACAUGACUUACUCUUUUGUGUAACUUGACUAGCCUGAUUCAAUUUUGUAUACAUUUGUACAAUAAUGAUAUUUACUGUAAAAAAAAAAGAAGAAAAAAAAAGAAAGUGAAAAAAGGAGCUAUAAUGUUUAUAUAACAUGGUUGUGAUUCUUGUGCAAAUAUGAUGUAUUCACAAUAAACGUAUAGUAUUGUUAUGGUC